ACUACCGGUCUGACAGAAAUAAGCAAAAUACAUUGUUUUAUUUUUUCCUCACAGCUUAAAAAUGCCACUUUUUGGCUGGAUGAAAUGGUCAAAGAACGAUUCCUACAAAUCCACAAGGUAUCCUGGAUCAGAACUAGUUACCAAAACCUUGCUGAGGGAACUGAAAUGGCACCUGAAAGAGCGUGAAAGAUUAGUGCAAGAGAUUGAAAAUGAACAGAAAGUCCAGAAACCUGGCACGGAUUACAACUGGCUGAAGAACUACCAGAAUCCUCAAGCAACAAUUCCAGCCACGGAGCAGCGGCAGCUGGAAGUCCUCUGUUCUCAAAUCCAGCCCUGCCAAACUGGAACCAUCCUCAGCAGAUUUCGUGAAGUUUUGGCAGAAAACGAUGUUUUACCUUGGGAAAUAGUCUACAUAUUCAAGCAAGUUUUACAAGAUUUCCUUACUACCAUUGAGAGAGAAAACCAACAAGAGCAACUGGCAGUUGUAUGGAAUACAAAUUGCUCUGAACAUUGCAGCCUGCGUGGAGACAGUUCUAACAAAUCAGACAAAGAUGAAAUCCCCACCGUUUCAAGUUAUGUCGACAAAAACACGCAAAGCAUGUUUCCCACUUUCUCUGAUAGAAUCUGGAACCUUCCAUACUACUACCCAUCAAGUUGAGUGGGUUUGUGUUUCUUUCAAAAAGCUAUGUAGUGUUUGUCUUCCUUUG